UUUAAAAAAGAAAGUGAGGGGAGCUUCUGUCGGGAGGGGUGGGUGGAGGGAUGGGAGCGCUCCUCCCCCAUCCCCAGUUUCCACUACGCUGGUGGAAAGUUGGGUCAGAGGGAAAGCGCGGAGUAAAGGGAAGGAAAAGGCGGGGGCGGGCGCCGCACCCCAGAUCUGUUGGCUUUGGACUUCCUUCUCAAGGCGGCGCCACCGUGUGCCAGGUUUUCCGCGCGGGAGGGCGAGGAGGGUUGCGCCCACACUUGCUUCCCUCGCGUGAUUGGGUGACUUCGGGACCCCGGUGACUUCCUCCACUCCUCUGCUCCCUCCUCCCCUUCAGUGAGCCGGAAUGAGCGCAGCCACUGCCCCACGCAGACAGUGAAGAAGCUCCUGGAAGAACAGAGGCGCCGCCAGCAGCAGCCUGAUGCCGGUGGGGUCGCGGUGAGGCCCAGGAACCCAGGACAGCUCCCUCCUCCGCAGCCGCAGCAGCAGCCCCUAAGCAUGCCCCCGCCUAUGAAUGAGGUGGAGGCUGGACACCAGGAGACCGGUGGGCCUGGAAGCCAGGCACCUGCCACAGGCUUUCCAGACUGGGACUCCAACAUACAUGCAGCCUACUCAGACAGUACCUACGCUCACCCUGUGCCCGCUGCCCAAGGUUUCCCCACUCCUGACUUCUACCCGCCCUGGGACCCCGGGCGGUCAUGCCAGUUUCCCCUGGAGGACCCCUUGGAUGCACGGCUGUAUGCAGAACCUCCCCUAGCCCAGGCAGGAUCCUGGAGGGCUUCUGGACUCCCCCCGGGACCCCCACAGCUGCCCUCUUCUGCUGGCCCAUCCUUGGACACAGCCCGAGCUCAUAUGUUGGCUUUAGGGCCUCAACAGCUGCUGGCCCAGGAUGAAGAGGGGGACACGCUCCUGCACCUGUUGGCAGCCCGGGGGCUGCGCUGGGCGGCGUACGCAGCAGCCGAGGUGCUUCAGGCUUACAGACAACUGGACGUGCGUGAGCAUAAGGGCAAGACGCCUCUGCUGGUGGCCGCCGCUGCCAACCAGCCUCUGAUUGUGGAGGAUCUGCUGAACCUUGGAGCAGAGCCCAAUGCCACUGACCAUCGGGGACGUUCCAUCCUGCAUGUAGCUGCGACCUACGGGCUGCCAGGCGUCCUCUCGGCCGUGUUUAACUCAGGGGUUCAGGUUGACCUGGAAGCCAGAGACUUUGAAGGACUCACUGCCCUCCACACAGCCAUCCUGGCCUUCAAUGUUGCCAUGUGUCCACCCAACCUCUGUCCCCAGGGGCUGAGUACCCAAGCCCGAGACAGGCUGGCUUGCGUUCAGAUGUUACUGCACAUGGGUGCUGAUCACACCAGCCAGGAGAUCAAGAGCAACAAGACGGUCCUGCACUUGGCCGUGCAGGCCGCCAAUCCCACCCUGGUUCAGCUGCUGCUGGAGCUACCGAGGGGAGACCUGCGGACUUUUGUCAACAUGAAGGCCCAUGGGAACACAGCUCUUCACAUGGCGGCUGCCCUGCCCCCUGGGCCACCCCAGGAGGCCAUCGUGCGGCACCUGUUGGCGGCGGGGGCAGACCCAACACUUCGCAACCUGGAGAAUGAGCAGCCUGUCCAUCUGCUGCGGCCCGGGCCGGGCCCUGAGGGGCUCCGGCAGCUGUUGAAGAGGAGCCGUGUGGCACCCCCAGGCCUGUCCUCUUAGGACUCAAACCCAGAACCUGGACUGAUUUUCCAGUCCCCACCGUCCUGUGGGACAGCCAGCGUAUGCGAAUGUUGCAAAUCUGUGAUAAUGUAUGUGGAAUGCCCUGCCAUUGGGGUCUUACAUUAAAACCCGCAGUGGCUGCUGGGGGGCAGGGGUUGACCAGUCCCCAAUAUUUGGGGCAGUGUGAUACCCCUCCCCUACCCACAAGGAGCCUUCAUACUGAUUUCUGUGAAAUCGAGGCCCCUUGUUUGUUUCUAUGAAACACCCCCUGGCCCCUGUUGUUUUACCCACUGGGGUUUUUUGGGAUCUUCUCCCUCUCAUUGAGUCUUUAUACCUGGAAAUUUAGGUGAACCCCCCCCCCCCACAGUACUUGGCAGUGUCCCAAUACCUUACCAAGGAGGACUCCCAAGAUGGUCCCCUGACUCUCCCUGGGACCAAUAGCUGUUGGGUCUCAGCCCCUGAGAUGCACGGAGUACCUCCUGGAAUUUGAAUUCCCCAAUUCCUGUCGCCUCCUAACUCAGCACUCGCAGGGGGCCCUAGCCUAGGCCUCAGCAUGCCCUUGGAACUCUGAAUUAAACUCAAUUUGGACUAGAA